UGAUGGACUAACUUUGGUGGCCCCUCUCGGAUUAAAAUUUUUUAAAUGACAGUAAAUAUGAAAUGGAUAAGACGACGACCUGUUUCGCGACGCAGUGUGUUUCAAAAUGUAACAGGAUGUGACAAAUAUUGACUAGAAAAUGAAAACGCAACCUAAAUGCUGAUGUGGGAUGUGACAGGAUUAUAAAGUUAGUUCAGAUAAAUUUGGACUGAAGGAAUUAAGCUUGUGUGCAGAACUGAAUAGAACUUAGACCUUUGUAAAAAGUCCUCUCUGCUAGAGAUAAUGUUUAAUUAGUAGCCAUAUCACAUUAAGAUCAAUAUGCAUUAACUGACAUUAGCUUCUCUUUUGGCUGUGAUAGGGAAAAACGGAGCCCUGAAACAGAGAUAGGAUUGUUGUCCUCUGCUUACAGCCAGGGCCAAAUACACAUGAAAGCCAUCUGUUUGAUGUUACUUUAAUCCCUUUUUAUAUGAUACAUCACUCUCUUGCUCUUUUAUAGGAUGCAUCUCACAUAAUAGUCAUACAGUCCAAAUUUUGAGGUAUUAGGGGGAUUGUAUUUUAGCUUUUUGUAAGUCAAAAAAGGGUCUGCUGAAGAAGCUUUUGUAAAAAAUCGAAUUUGUGCACUGCCCCUAAUGCAGGGUGCAUCCUGUGCCUCUGCCUGGAAGUGGGUGGUUUCUGUUAUUGAGGGAAAAAGUGAGUCAGAGAGCAAGAGAAAGUAAAACUGUCUCUUUUCCCAGUGUCACUGAGUAGAACUACUUGCUGUGCAGUUGUUGAUGUUAUUGAGGUAAUAUUAAGCCUACUGCAUCUUGCCAGCGUGGACACUGCAGUUGUUGUUUACUGUAAGCUGUCUCAACUUAGGACAAGACAGAGCCUGUCUGAGCUACUUGGAAUUUCACAUUUUUGCGUAUUACACCAGAAAAACCUCAGAGAAAUAUGGACACAAAGAGAAUGAUAUUCUGUCUGCUUGUGGCAGCUAUUAUCAGCCCUGUGUUUACUGAAGAAUGGAGGGCCAGUGUUGUAAAAGAACUUGACGCCCUGGUCACAUCCUGUGUUGUGGUACCCUGUUCAUUCACCCAUCCUAAAAAGAAGCUGCCCACCUCCAGACUCAGAGGGAUCUGGCAUCUUCCAACUGAUAAAAACAAACGCAUCUAUUACGAGGAUAGCAUGCAGGUCUUGGAAAACUUUAGGGGCCGCACAAAGUUGUUGGGACAUCUGGGUCAGAACAACUGCUCUUUAGAAAUGGCUAACAUUACAGAUCAUGACAACGGCCCUUUCUGUUUCCGGAUCGAACUAGCACGAACAGAGACUGAUACAUCCACCGUUGACAAGUUCUCCUUUGUGGAGAGUUGUGUCACGUUCAAAAUGCUCCCUGAUCCUCCGAAUCCUAAACUGAGUCACCUAAAGACGGCCAUUCAAGAUCGUCCCUACACUAUCACCUGUUCAGUCCGCAACACCUGCCCCUCCCAUGUGCCUAAACUCACAUGGAGUAGAGGCACAGCAGAUGAUGUAAUAGAGGUCCACAAGGAAACUGGUUUUGGCUACUGGGAGGCCGAGUCCAUCCUGACCAUCAUUCCUGAGGAGAAGGAUGAUCACAGUGAUGUCACCUGUACAGCACAAUUUAAUGGACCGAAGACAUCAUCUGCAACAGUGACACUCAAUGUAAAACGUACAGAAAACUAUAACCACAUCAUCAUUCCCACGGUGGCAGCGAUUGGUACAGCUGUGAUCUUUGCAGUCUUCUGCAUUUUCAUGGUGAAAAGAUACAAACUGUCUCGCAGUUCGUGUCUUAUUGAACUGAAUUCCAGGCUAGCAGAUACAGCUGUGAUCCGCCAGAUAGCAGUAAAAUCAGCUCAAAGAAGUAAGGACAAAGACAGCAAGAUGAUGAUAUUCUCUCUGUUCCUGGCAGCUAUUAUCAGCCCUGUGUUUACUGAAGAAUGGAGGGCCAGUGUUGUAAAAGAACUUGACGCCCUGGUCACAUCCUGUGUUGUGGUACCCUGUUCAUUCACCCAUCCUAAAGAGAAGCUGCCCACCUCCAGACUCAGAGGGAUCUGGCAUCUUUCAACUGAUAGAAACCAACGCAUCUACUACGACGAUAGCACGCAGGUCUUGGAAAACUUUAGGGGCCGCACAAAGUUGGUGGGACAGCUAGGUCAGAGCAACUGCUCUUUAGAAAUGACUAACAUUCGAGAUCAUGACAACGGCCCUUUCUGUUUCCGGAUCGAACUAGCACGAACAGAGUCUGAUACAUCCACCGUUGACAAGUUCUCCUUUGUGGAGAGUUGUGUCACGUUCAAAAUGCUCCCUGAUCCUCCGAAUCCUACACUGAGUCACAAAAAGACGGCCACUCAAGAUCGACCCUACACUAUCACCUGUUCAGUCCGUCAUACCUGCCCCUCCCAUGUGCCUAAACUCACAUGGAGUAGAGGCACAGCAGAUGAUGUAAUAGAGGUCCACAAGGAAACUGGUUUUGGCUACUGGGAGGCUGAGUCCAUCCUGACCAUCGUUCCUAAGGAGAAGGAUGAUCAAAGUGAUGUCACCUGUACAGCACAAUUUAAUGGACCGAAGACAUCAUCUGCAACAGUGACACUCAAUGUAAAACGUACAGAAAAUUAUAACCACAUCAUCAUUCCCACGGUGGCAGUGUUUGGUACAGCCGUGAUCUUUGCAGUCUUCUGCAUUUUCAUGGUGAAAAAAUACAAGAAACACAUAGCAGAGCUCCAAAAUCAAGAAGACAGUGCGUGGAACAACUUCAGACUCCAGACUGUCUCGAAGAUGAGGUCAGGCUUUCAAUCGGCCCAGCAGGUCUUUAAAAUGGAUGAACCUGACCAUCUCUCAUUCAAGGUUGGAGCUUCAACAGAUAAACCAGAGACUUUUCAACCCAAGCACAUUUCCUGUCAUGGGUAACUCAGCGUCCACUGGCUUCAUCCUUCCUACUACCAGGAAACUGUCCUGGGGGCGCCAGAAGGAGGAAACAGUCAAGCUCGAGGACUUCUUGACACAACGCGAGGAGAAUCGCUGGCGAGUUAAAGGAAAGCAGAGUUUAUCUGUUGAAAUGGUCCACCCCACGCGCAGAAUCUGUUACGUGAACCUAGAUCUCCAAGAGAGCGACAGCUUUUAUCCAAACAGGGGUGAAAUGCUGAACCCUGCUUAUGUUGGAGAUCAAGGUCCAUGAAUGACUGACAUCACUGUGAACAAUUCAGUCUACAACUCAGCCAGAAGAUCCUGUCAGUUGGAAUGUUUUCAGGAGUAACUGCAGAAAGCCCCAGUGAUCCCGCUGCAACAGGAGAGGUCUGGCAUAGAGGGCCAUUUUUUUUUUUUUUUUUACCACAACACUGUUUGGUGUGAUCAUAUGGACAGGAAGUGAGACAUCUGUGCAAAUUUAAAAUGAGAUUGGUUCCUUUUUGUGUAAAAUGGAAGAAAAAGUGAAAAAUGUUCCUUUUUGUGUGCAUUUGGUGUGAUCUAGUCAAACCGAUUGGGUGUGAUAUAGCCAACGUAAAAAUAACAUUUAUAGUUUCAGAUAAAAAUCAAUUUGAGCAAUUAUCACACAUGCAACACCUCAUCACGUUGCUGUAGGCUGAAUGAGCAAAGGAAAUCCUGUGUUAACAUCGCUGCAUCUGUGAAACACAUGGUGUGAAGGUAGAGUUAAUGUAAUUUUCUUGUUAGAAAUAAAACAAAAUAAUAAUAGAUAUAUAUCAUUUGCAACGUUUAUGGACUUUUCAAGGAGUUUACAUGUCAUUGCUUUCAGUCAGCACUUGCUGUUCAGGAAUAUAUUUCAUCUUUGUAUCACAUGAUUGCAUAUCAUCAAUUUUACAUCUUAGCACAUUAUUGUCAAGGUUAUUUAGAAGAAAUUUCUUUGAAG